AUGAAAUUGCUAACAAUUCACAGUAAAAGUGUUAAUAUAUUGUACAAGCAUCAUUUGUGUUCUUUUGCGGCACUUUUUGUUGCAAUUACAACCCUUUCGGCACUCCUCAUUCCAUUCUACAUCGUCAUCUUUGCAAAUACAGAUUUGUGGCAUCAAACUGUGACCAUCUACGAGCAGCCCAAUGUAACAUUUACGUAUAAAUACAAUUUUAUUGCGAUUCUGGAGAAUGAUGAAGUAGCAGGAUGCUCAUCCUUGCCCUACGUCAACGAUUUGUUGGAAAAUGCACAAAAAUGCUCCACAGUAAAGUUCAUCGAGGAAGACUUCAACAAUGAUGGAUUAAUUGAUUCAAUGGAUUUAUCAUUUGAUUUGGACAUUCCGCGGGAAAAUGCGGUGAAAGAAAUAAUCGUGCAGAUUUUGUUCGAAGGAACAAUUAAGGCUGAUUGUCACCUGGACAUCCCCACGGUCUUCUUCCUGCAAGAACACACAAACAUCCCCCCAAAUACUCAACUUCUCUUCCACACGCAUGCAAAAUUGCACCAAAAAUCCUCCUUCUACUGCCCCUUCUUCAUUCGCAACGUUCAGUCACGCUUCAAUCCCUUCAACCUAAAUGCCACGAACUUUGGGGAUUUUCGCACCGUGAAGGUUUAUGAGAAAUUAAAAAUGAAUCCUGCCUACAUUGGCUUCGAGGACACGAAGAAGUUCACUGAGCCCACAGAUGGGGUGGCUGCGGUGAAAAUUCACGUGGAAAUUGGGGAAAUUUCUGCACGAUACCACACAUCUGUAUGGCGAAAAGUUCGUGAAUUGUGGAUUCAGUACUUUUGCCUGGCUGUCCUAUUUCUCCUGGCAGUGCAAAAGGUCAAAGAUUAUGCUUUCAGUAAGUUCAUCGUGAGAGCAUGGGAAUCAAUUCCGUGGAAAAAGGCUUACUAAUGCAACUAUUGUGCACACUCCAUGAAAAAUUCAUUCGAAAAUGAAUCCUUUUUCCAUCCUUCCGUAGAAUGUUAAAUUAGCGAAGAAAUUUCUUUUCAAUUAUGCAAAAUGGGACAUUUUUUCAAAUAAAAUUUUAAAAAAGGUU